CCAUAGGGGCUGCAAGAAUUCUAUGUAGUUCUGCGGUAUAAUUACGGCGCUUUGUUCUGGUCUCGUGGAUCCAGAGAGGAAUAGCCCGUAGAAUUGGUCUCGGUUUGGCACAAGCUUCAUGAGAUGUGCUAUAUUCCACGUUGAGUGUCUCCCAUCGAGCUCUUCCUCUGACCGACAGGGAGGAACCCUAGCUCCGGCGGCCUCUCCACUGGUGGCGGUCUCCUCCGGCGGCGUCGCGCACCGCCCGACCCCGGCCUGUCCAUCCCUGGCCGCCCCGGCCCACCCGUUCCCGACUUGCAGACGCCGCCACCGCCCCUCCGAUCCUCAUGUACGUCUCAUCCCGUCUGAUCCCUCUCUGUGUCCCUUCUUCCUUUCUAAUUUCUAGCAAUUAAAGGUGUGCAAUUAUGGGAUUGUGCUAGUAUAGAUUGUUGCAUUGUCACUGAAGUAAUGUUUGUCCCAAACUUUUUUAUUAAAGUAUGGGUGAGAAGGCAGUUUGGGAUGAGGCAAAUGUCAAACAUUUUGUUGAUAUUUGCAAGGAGGAGGUAUUUGCUGGAAAUAGGCCUAGUACCUAUUUGAACAACAAAGGUUGGAAGAAUCUUGAGGAUAAAUUUGCUGUAAAAACGGGAAAGAAACUAACCAAGACACAAUUUAAGAACAAAUGGGACAACAUGAAACAGUCCUAUACAUGGUUUAUAGAGCUGAAAAGAUCAUAAAUUUACGAUCAAUUCACAUAUAAACAGUUUUCAGAUAAUUACAAAAGCAAAAUCAGUUGUCUUAACCAAACACACUUCCUGCUUUUUCACAGCAGGAAAAGCAAAGCAGCUUUUCCACAGCAUAAAAAGCAAAGCAGUUUUCUCCAAAAGCAAAGCAGAACCAAACGUACCCUGAACCACCUCCAAGAAGCCGCUCCAGUACCUUUGUUGCUAUUGUCAUUGUGCGAAGAGAUAGAUGGUGUGUUUGCUAUUGGAGAAGCCGGCUUAAAAAGUGGCGAGUAUGACAACAAGUUACCGACUAGACCCAUCCCUAAUGCCCGACACUCGAUCAACCAAUAGUGGCAACAUAAAUGUGCUUGUCGUCUCAUGUAACUCGAGAUACCAUCCGCACCACGUCAUAGCUUCGUGACCAACCUCUUUGACACCGAAGUCUCGAUGUAAUUUUAAUUAUAUUUGAGUGCCUAGGUGUGGAAGUUACCGAGAAUCAUCCGGUCCUUCCACAUGAUAACUACCUUUAGAAGACGUUUUGGCAGGCUAAAUUGACUUGUCAAAAUGUCUUAUAAAAGGAAAUGGACUUUAUUUGCGGUUUAACACUACAUUUGUUGGGGACGAUGUUGCUCACUGCCCAGCCAGCCGCAGAGAGCAGGACUACCUAGGCAGCUGCGUCGCUGGUCAUAGACAGUAGACACUUGAGCAAAAAAAGGAAACUACGAUCAGUAGAUUAGAGUCGAAGUGUAGUAUGAAAUGCGGGUGCAAGGGUGAAAACAGAAGAUACAGCUCUUGCCCUUAGGGCACUGAGGAACCAAGCUGAGCUGAGGUAGCGAGAGCACUCCCUCCCGUGCCAUUGGCCACUCCGGCCGUGGCGGCCACCCCAUACCGCCGGUUCUCCGCCACCAUGGCGCGCCCCCACUCCAGAUCCGUUGGUUCCUCUUGCUCCUCCCCCAGAUCCGCUGGGUCUGGCGCUUCCUCUCCUCGGCACGAUGGUCGCAAUGCGGCGCGCGUCGCUGGAUCCGCCGGUCCAUCACCGCCCUCGCCUCCACAGCCCCUCCGCUGACUUCGCUCGCCUGCUCCGGACCUCGCCCCUGUUCUCCGCAUGCGCAUCCGUGCGUGCCUUCGGUGCCCGCUUCGGACCAGCAGGUGGUGCAGUGCCCCCGCCUUCAAUCGGUCGUGGUCGGCUCCAUACCGCCCUCGUCUUUUGCGCCUCCAGCCGAGAAUGGAAUGCCCUGGUCCUUGGUGGUCUCGAGGGGCAGCCGGAGAAGCCGCACCCCCCCCCCUUUCGGAGUCGCAGCCUCGCCUGCCCAUGCCGCCCGCUGGAAACUUGCGCCGCGCGCCCAGGCCCUUUGUCGACCACGAGGCCUUUUUAAGACGCUUCCGCGGCCGCUGCUUCCGCUGCCUCAGCACUGACCACCGCCGCGCUGACUGCCGCGACCCGCCUCGCUGCAUCGACUGCUGGCAGUGGGGACACCUGGCUUCUUCUGGCCGCUGCAAGGCCGGCGAGCCUGCUACUCACCGCCUCCCUGUCCACCGGCGCUUGCGUUUCCCAGCCCCGCCCCCGACUGCCGCCAUGAUCAGCCGCGCCCUCACCAAGCCUGCACCGAGCCGCUCGGGCUUCAGCCACUCCAUCGUCAUGGCCUCACGCAACAUCGAGCAGCAGGUGUUCUCCCUGUGUAGCCGCGGCGUCCUCGUGACGGCUGUCCCCCCACUGCACUCCGCCACUCCCAUCCUCGUCGACAGGGAGAUCGAGAAGGCCCUGAACAUCCCUUCGCACACGCUCCGUGUCACCAAGCACCUACCGAAGGACUUCUACAUCCCCUUCGACGCACCUGCACACUGCAACCGCGCCGUCGCCCUCGGCCGCAUCGACAUUGAUGGUACUCCUUUCCUCCUGCGGCCCUGGCGGGAGUCUGAGCACGGCAUUCUCCAGACAUACCCUCUCCACGUGCGGGUCGUCAUCGAGAAGAUGCCCCUCCACCUGUGGUCCGUCGAGGGGGCCGAGUCCGUCCUCAACAAGAACAUGAUCGUCGACCGGCUUGAUAGCCGCACUUUCGCCAAGGAGGACACCAAGCUUUUCAGCUGUUGGGUCUGGUGCUGGAGUCCGGACCACAUUCCGUGCGCGCACACCUUCACCGUGUUCCCCGCCGGUGCCGGUCGUGCCGAGGAGAUGCACGGCCACUCCCCGCCUCGUCGCCCAGUUGCUCCUCCGCCCGAAGGUUUGCAUUUCAACGCUCUGAUUCACAUUGAAAUGGUUGAGGACUGGACUGUUGUUGUGCCCCGCUCGCCACCGAGUCGUCAGAGCGGCCUGCCGUCCUCGAGCUCGGGGGAGUCUCCACCAUACCCGGCCAUCCAGCGCUACACGUGGUACCUGGGCGUGCCUGAUGGAGAGGAGCCCAGCCUGAGCGACCGCCGCCGCCUCCACGACGCCUGCCGGGCUCCCCUGCUCGACGCCCGCCGUGACGACGCGGGCGACGAGGGAGACUGCGACCGACGACGGCGACGCGCCACACCCCCACGUAACGACGCCGCCCGGGCGGCCGCGCCGACUUCCUCCGGAGUUGGGCGUUCCUGCCGCCGCAGCCAGAAUCCUACCAGCCACCGGCGCCGUGGCUGGGCCGCCUCCCCGCGUGAGGAGCUGCCGCCCCCGCCGCCCCUCCCCAAGCAUUGACCUCUUCCUCAACGCCUGGCCGUGUCCUCGGUCAUCACCGCCCCCGCCGUCCCUCCCCGAGCACGGACCUCUUCAUCAACGCCUGGCCCUGUCCUCGGUCAUCACCGCGCCCACGCCACCGCCCUGGCUCCUGCCUCGCCGGUCAGCUCUGCCUCCGCGUCCGACGAAGACCCUCUAGCUGAGCUGAUGGUCGCUGAGAAGCUCGACGGCCUCUGCUGGCCCCUGCGUGGCGUUGACCCCAUGACACUCGAGCUCGACGCGUUCUGCACCAAGGCACUCGCAUCUCCGCUCUCCUUCCCUCUGGGCCCCGGCAAGACCAGCGGCUGCUUCAGCCCCUCCCAGCGGGGUACUGCCUCGCCACCACCGAACACCAUCGACCCCGGCAACGUUGAUGUGCACCCCUCUGCCAGCCGCUCAAUCUUCGCGGUGCCCAAUGCCAUGGACUCGACGAUGGGCGCGACACGUGACGCGCCCACAACGGCCACCGAGGAUGCCGGCGACGUGCUCUCUACCCUGUUCUGCGUCGGUGCUGGGUGCUACUCCACCGCCACGCCCUCGCACCGCCAAGGCUCCAUCGACUACCCCGCGAUGCAGCGCUCGACAAGCCAGCAUGCACUCCUCCACCUCGGUGGCGCAGCGUGCCACGGUCCGCCUCGCCAAGGAGUUGGCGAUUGUCGAUGACUCUGAGCAGCGCGUCGACGCUGGUGCUGCCGCGCUGGUGCAGCACUUCCAGGAGCCUCUCGCGGACACCGACAUCGACGGCUUGGCAAUCCUGACAAGGGUCGACCGAGAUGCCAUCCACCGCGCCGCUGCCCAGGCUGCUGCAUCCAGAGCCGCCGCUACGGCGCACUAGUUUAUCGAUGAUUAGUCGACUUAGGAUCCUUCGACGACUGCCGGCCUCCUGCCGAAGCAAGUUAGUUUUCAGUUCAUGUUUGGGUUCGUGGUUUGUGUUUACGGAGACGACCAUCUUGCGGCGCUUGUGCUGGGUCCGUCUCCUCCCGAUGUAUGUGUGGAUGGUGUACUGUGCUUCUUUUAGUUCAUGUCUCGUCGUCGAAUCUUCAAA